AUGGUUAUGAUUAUUUAUAGGAAGCACUCGCCACCGCUCUCGCUGGUUACGUUCUGCAAGAUUUUUAUGCUUGCUCUUGUCGGGAUAACGGUGACCAUGAACAUCCAUGGCUUUGGCUUGCUUUAUACCUCUGCCUCCUUAGCGGCGGCUACCACUAAUUGCCUUCCCGUUGUUACUUUCUUCAUGGCCGUUCUCUUUAGAGUGGAAACAUUGAGGGUCGGGACCAAAUCAGGCAAAGUGAAAUUGCUAGGGUUAGUAAUAUGCAUGGGUGGGGUGGCAACUCUUGCCUUCUACGAAGGCCCCCAUUUCAAGAUGUUCUGCCUCUUCAAACACUCCUUCUGGCAAAGCGAAUACCAUAAAUCUCAUACAUCAUGGAUCAAAGGCAGUUUCUUGACACUCUCGUCUAGUUUCGCUUGGGGCUAUUGGCUUGUCUUUCAGGCAAGACUUCAGAAGAGUUAUCCACCAAAGCUUCUAUUCACGGCUAUUCAAUGUGCUUCGGGCUCGAUUCAGUCAUUUGCCAUUGCAAUUACCAUGGAAAGAGAUUUCAAUGAGUGGAAACUUGGCUGGGAUAUGAAACUUGUAGCCGUGGUUUAUUGUGGAGUUAUGGUGACUGGGGUAAGCUAUUACUUGCAAGCAUGGGUUAUAGAGAAGAAAGGUCCAGUCUUUGUUGCCCUCUCCACUCCUUUGGCUUUCAUCUUCACAACGAUAUGCUCUGCAUUUGUUUUGGUGGCUUCUAUAACGUUCCAUAGUAUUUUGGGGGGAGUGUUGUUGGCUGGAGGGCUCUAUAGUGUUUUAUGGGCAAAAAUAAAAGAAGAGAAGAUGGAGAAGAUGGUGAAGAUGGAGAUGGAGAUGGAGAUGGAGAUGGAGAUUGAUGAGAAGAAGAGCAUCCCAAAAGUGGAAGAUCAAGACUGCUCAUCGGAGGUUAAACGAGUUGUUACAAUUGUCACCCAUAAUCAAGCAAACGACGAUGCUACUACCACUCCUGCUUAG